AUGGAUGCCUAUGACUAUCGGCAGACCUUUGUCAUCACAGCCUGCAUCUAUGCCGUGGCUGCACUCAUGCGGCUGCCUCUCUUCUUCGUGGUUCCACGCAAAGAGGUGUCGCCGUCACAGCAGCAGCUGCUCACCCGCUUGGUCUCGCACGAGGAUGUGCAGAGCGCCAUGCUCGCAUCC